UCACUCCGCCAUCUGGCAACACUGAAAAUUUGUAAGAUUUUAGAGCAGAUCGGUGUCCGUGAUUUCCCCAAUUUAAGGCCAAUUUGUAGUAUUAAAGCUGUUGGAAAAUGCAGCGGGGACGGGCGCGAGCCGUGUGAAAUGCAUGCGAAAUUCGUCGUUGCGACAAAUCAGUGCGAAAAUCCAUCUCAAAUGCUCCAAGUGAAAAUCCCCUAAGCUGAGGAAAACUGCACAAGCACACACACACGCACUCGGUAGAGACACACGUUAAAAGGAAAAGCGGUGUGUUGUGGCAAACAGCAAACAAAGAGUGCGAAAAGUGCAAAAAGUGCGGAAAGUGAAGUGGCGGGCGUCGGAGGGCCGGAGAGUCCGUCGCAGGAAAAUCCGUCAGCAUGGAUGUCGAAACACAGGAAAUACGACAGGCUCGUCAACGUGCUUCCGUCAAGUGGCUGCUCUCGAAGGCCUUCAACAAUCGCGUGCCGGACAACCUGAAGGAGCCCUUCUACCGCGACCAUGAGAACCAGGAGCGCCUCAAGCCGCAGAUCAUCGUGGAGCUCGGCAACGCCACGCUCUACUGCCAGACGCUGGCCAAUCUGUACUCAGAUCCCAACUACCAAAGCAUGAACCACUGGUCAAUAAUACAGACGCUAGCGCGCAAGGGAGUUCCCGUGGCCGAAUCCUCGGACAUGCCCAUUACCGAAACGGUAUUAAUUCAAACGAACCCGCUGCGAAUUAACGCCCACAUGUCUGUGAUAGAAUCGCUGAUGGUUUUGUAUGCGAAGGAAAUAUCAUCGGGUGACCGCAUCAUGGCGGCCAUUCGAAGAAUAUCUGGCAACAACUACCAGGCGCCUCCUGGCCAGUCCUACGAGCAAGCUCUGCUGGGCUGGAUUUCACAUGCUUGCGCCGCUCUUAAAAAGCGCAUUAUCAAGGAGGUGGACGCAGGCCUGCCCGAUGAUAAUGGCUCUCGUCUGCAGACGCCGGACAUACCACCCGUCAGGGACUUCCAGGAUCUGUGCGAUGGCAUAUGCUUGGCGCUGCUCAUCUCGUACUAUUGCCCCAAGGUGGUGCCGUGGACGAGUGUGCGGAUCAACUAUCUGCCCGCCGUCGAGGACUCGAUUCACAACAUCCUGCUGGUGUGCAACUUCUCCCAGAAGCAUCUGCCAUACAGCGUGUUUCACAUGACUCCCGAGGAUGUGACCUACAUGCGCGGAUCCAUGAAACUGAAUCUGGUGGUUUUGCUCACGGAUCUGUUCAAUCUGUUCGAGAUUCACCCGGCGAAGUGUGUCUGCUACCCCGGCAUGGAUGGUCAGGAUGUCAUCGCCCGGCGAACUUUGGGCGCCAAUGAGCACGGAAUCUGCCAUCGACGAGGCCUCACUGUACAGCCCGUCACCCCCAUUCCCGAUCUGCGCAGCGAUCUCGACCAGCCGCCCGUUGGCUCGCCCCAGAAUCGGCCGCCGUUCCAAGUUCCGCACUCGAAUUCAUUUGGCGGCGGCUUAAAUCGCAGAUCAUCCCCGCCCAACGAAUACCAGACGGUUCAGUCAAAUAAUUUUGACGGCGGCAAUCAUGCCGAAGCCUUCGUGGUGCACAAGUCGCGUGGCAUCACCACACUCGCCUCCAUGCACUCGCAGCAGCAGCAGCAGCUCCACCAGCAACAGCAGCAGCAGCAGCAGCAAUACCACCAGCAGGCACACCAGCAACACCCAUCCCAGUCGCAGCUCCAGCUCCAGCAGGAGCCCUUGGUUCCGGCCCGCUUGCGCCAGGCCAAAGAAAAGACCAAUGUCGAGUCGAAGGCGGACGAGAGAGGCGAUUUUGUCGCUGCGGGUCGACCAAGUAACUGGGAACAGAGCCGUCGGCCAAGCUUUGCAGGACGCCGUUCGCGCAGGAAUUCCUCCAGCGAGGACUCCCAGCUGACCAUCGAGAACUUCGGCGGUUCCCAGGAUCAGCUGAACACUCUGGGCAGGUACGAACGCGACAGGGAGCGCAAGUUGUCCAACACCAGCGUGACUGGAUUUCCUAUUGAACCCGCCGUGGCCGUUCGCUCUUCGAUCGCCGAUGCGCGGGGCACCUUGCAGCUGGGCUACGACACGGAUUCGGGCUCUGAGAAGCAGGAUCGCGAAACGGAAAAGUAUUCGAUGCGCCGGCAAGUCAGUGUCGACAAUGUGCCCACGGUUUCGUCGCACAAUCUUUCGAAUGCGGGCAGCCCGUUGCCGAUGGCGCGGCACAAGCAACAUUCCAGCGACAAAGACUACAGCAGCAACAGCGGCAUGGCGCCGGAUGCGUACAACGACACGCGUUCCACCAGCGGCUACGAUCCGGAGAGCACGCCGGUGCGCAAAUCCUCAACGAGCAGUAUGCCGGCGAGUCCGGCUGCCUGGCAGCUGGACGUCGGAGACGACGACAUGCGAUCGCUGGAGAACGCCAGCAAGCUGUCCACCAUCCGGAUGAAGCUGGAGGAGAAGCGGCGACGCAUCGAGCAGGACAAGCGCAAGAUCGAGAUGGCGUUGCUGCGGCAUCAGGAGAAGGAGGAUUUGGAGUCGUGUCCGGACGUGAUGAAGUGGGAGACCAUGAGCAACGAAUCAAAGCGCACGCCCGACAUGGACCCCGUUGACUUGGACAAAUACCAGCAAAGCAUCGCCAUCAUGAACAUGAACCUGCAGGAUAUCCAGCAGGAUAUCCACCGCCUGGCCACCCAGCAGAGCCAAAUGCAGGCGCAGCACCUGCAGGCCCAGCAGCUGAUGCAGGCUCAGCAGAUAGCCAACAUGCUGAACCAGCAGCAGACCUACGGGUCGCAGCAGCACCUGGCCGACCACCACUACCAGCAGCCGAGACCCAUGCAGCAAAGCUUUGGCUCAUCGCCGCAUCUUCCGCAGGCCUACAACGCCCCCGUCAGCGCCUACAGCUCCCGUCCGCCCAGCCGCGAUCCCUACCAGCAGCAGCAGCAGCAGCUCCAGCACCAGCAGCCGAUGGCCAUGCCCCAGCCGAUGCAGUACGUCAACGAGCACGGCCAGUACAUGUCGCCGCCGCAGCCCGCCCACUACAUGCAGCAGCAACCGCAGCAGCAGCAGCAGCAGCCGCAGAGCAUCUACAGCGACAACGGGGCGGCGUACAACCACAGCAACCACUCGCCGUACGGCGGAGCUCCGCCGCCUCAGUACCGCAGCAGCGUGGUGUACGACGACUACGGGCAGCCCACCAACCACUUCUACCUGCACGAGUCGUCGCCCCAGCCGCAGGUGCAUCCGCAUCCGCAGCGCCGGACCUGGGCGCACUCCGCAGCAGCGGCCGCCUUCGAGCAGCAGCAGCAGAUCCAGCAGCCGCUGGUGGACGUGAACGCCUGGCAGACGCAGCAGCACCAGAAGCAGAAGCAGCCCUGGAUGAACCGGCCGCCCUCGAGUGUGGGAGCCCCCAGUCCCGGCAGCUUUGUGCUGCACCAGAACGGCGGAGGUGGCGGCAGCGGCGGCGGCGGCGAGCUCCAGCACCUGUUCCAGGUGCAGGCCUCCCCUCAGCACGCGCAGCGCCAAGGAGGCGGAUCCAACGGGGUGCAGCGCCAGCAAUCGUUGACCAAUCUGCGCGACAAUCGCUCUCCCAAGGCGCCGCAAACCAUGGGCAUGCCGAUGGGGAUGCCGAUGCAGCACGAGGACAUGAUGGCGCCGCAGAGCAUUUGCUUCAUCGGCGACGAGGAGGAUGUGGAUGAGCUGGAGCGCAACAUCAUCGAGUCCAUGCAGUCGACGCGGAUCUCCGACUUUGUGCACCAGCAGCAGCAGCAACACCAACAGCAACUGCAGCAGCAGCAGCGGUUGCAGGGGCACAGCGGCCGGGGCAGCAGCUCGGAGGACUACGAUAGCGGGGAGAUGAUCUCCAACAAGCUGAACAUCACCAGCGGCAACCUCACCUACCGCAUACCCUCGCCCUCCCGUCCCUCCAUCCAGGCCAACAGCUUCCAGGAUCCGCGAGCCAUGGCAGCGGCAUCCGGCGGCGAGGACCAGCCGCCCGAGAAGGGCUUCUACAUCUCCUUCGACGACGAGCAGCCCAAGCGACCCAAGCCGCCGCUGCGGGCCAAGCGAUCGCCCAAGAAGGAGGCUCCUCCGGGCAGCAGGGACAGCGUCGACAACAUGGCGACGCUUAAACGUGAAUCGCUAAGUCAGCUGCACAACAACAAUAACAUAGGGUUCGGCGGAGAGGAGGACAACAGCAAGCCGGUGACCAGGCACAGCAUACACGGGCUGAACAACUCCAACAGUGUCAAAUCCCCCGGGAAUGCCACGUACAACAAGUACACCGACGAGCCUCCCAUCCAACUGCGGCAACUGGCCGUUUCGGGAGCAGUGUCACCGACUGGUCACGAACGCCGCCACUUGGAGGAUGUGACCAACCAGUCGCCGCAGCAGCUGCAGCAGCCGAUGUCGCCUACCCGGCUCCAGCAGAGCAGCAACAACGCGGAGGCGGCCAAGAACAAGGCGCUGGUCAUUGGUGCAGACUCGACCAACUUGGAUCAGGAGUCUGUGGACGAGAUGGAGCGGCGCAAGGAGAAGAUCAUGCUGCUGUCCCUGCAACGCCGCCAGCAGCAGGAGGAGGCCAAGGCCCGCAAGGAAAUCGAGUCUUCCCAGAAGCGGGAGAAGGAGCGCGAGAAGGAGGAGGAGCGUUCUCGCAAGAAGGAGGAGCAGAUGGCGCGGAGAGCGGCCAUCUUGGAGCAGCACAGACUCAAGAAAGCCAUCGAAGAGGCCGAGCGAGAGGGUAAAACCCUGGAUCGGCCCGAUCUGCAUGUGAAACUGCAGCCCCAUUCAUCCACCUCGACGACUCCGCGACUGAGGCAGCAGCGCAACACGCGUCCCAGGCCGAAGACGAUCCACGUGGACGAUGCCAGCGUGGACAUCAGCGAGGCUUCGAGCAUCUCUAGUCGGGGCAAGAAAGGCUCAAGCUCGAAUCUAACCGGCUACGGUCAACUAAGCUCAAAUUCAAUGAAAAGAGAUUACUACAGGGGCUCGCAAGACUCCCUCACUGUAAAAGAGUCACCCGAUGAUUAUCCCAGUACAAGUUCAACUCCGAUUGGACGACGGGGAUCGUACAAAACUUCCAGAGAGCCAGCCGGCGUAGAAAGGGGCCGCACUCUGUCGCGUAUCUCCGUCGCAAAGGGCAGCACGCUUAAUUUCCGGGGCCGAAAGUCCAAUUCGCUAAUGAAUCUGUGCGACACAGAUUCGGGACUGGGACGCGCCACUCCGCCGAGGCGUGCUCCGUCGCCUGGAAUGGGAAUGGGCGCUUCAGGUCCCAAACUCUAUAAACAACCAGCGGCCAAAUCGAAUCGUGGGAUCAUCCUGAACGCCGUCGAGUACUGUGUUUUCCCCGGCGUUGUCAACCGCGAGGCCAAACAGAAAGUACUGGAGAAGAUCGCGCGAUCAGAGGCGAAGCACUUCCUGGUACUCUUCCGCGAUGCGGGCUGCCAGUUCCGCGCCCUCUACAGCUACCAGCCCGAAACGGACCAGGUGACCAAGCUGUACGGCACAGGGCCUAGUCAAGUCGACGAAGUCAUGUUCGACAAGUUCUUCAAAUACAACUCAGGAGGCAAGUGCUUCUCGCAAGUGCACACAAAACAUCUGACGGUGACCAUUGACGCCUUCACAAUACACAACUCAUUGUGGCAGGGCAAACGCGUGCAGUUGCCAAGCAAAAAGGACAUGGCGCUCGUAAUCUAAGCGGCAGUCAGGGUAUUUCGAAAGGCAUCGAAAGGAUGCGAGGAGUAGAAGGCAGCAGUGGAGCAGUUGGGCCAACGGGCGCUUGGCGCGGUUCUGGUCGAAACAACACUAUUCUACACGUUUGCGCAUUAAGACAUCUAUGGAAACAUAACAAAACAUA